UAUUUAAAAUCUGGGACAAAGAACCGACAGGACGGAACUGCUUCAAUUGCAAAACCUCAGCGCAGCCUCCGGAGCGGCCAGCCGGCCCGAGUCAGGAGCAGCCCCUUUAAAAAAACGGAGUACAGUAUUGGGAUUCUUGAAACUCGAAACCUAGAAACAGAAUCGAAGCGGAAACCAGAAGGAAAACCUUGAACUCCUCCAGACAAUUGCUUCCGGGGAGUUUCAGGAGCGCGAGGGGGAAUAAAGGGCCCGAGAGGAGGGCCCCUCGGAUGGCGCGCCCCUGAGGGUCCUGGCGAGUUCGAGAAGCGUGGGAAGGAGAGGACCCUACCCUCUCCCUGGGCUGCAGGUCAUGGCCACCGUGGAGCAGAAAGCCCUUGGCAUUGGCUUCAAGUGUCUCUCUUUGGCCACUUUUGUGCUCAUCUGCGCCGGGCAAGGGGGACGCAGGGAGGAAGGGGGUCCAGCCUGCUACGGGGGAUUUGACCUGUACUUCAUUUUGGACAAAUCAGGAAGUGUGCUGCACCACUGGAAUGAAAUCUAUUACUUUGUGGAACAGCUGGCUCACAAAUUCAUCAGCCCACAGCUACGAAUGUCCUUUAUUGUCUUCUCUACUCGAGGAACCACCCUAAUGAAGCUAACAGAAGACAGGGAACAGAUCCGUCAAGGCCUAGAAGAACUCCAGAAGGUUCUGCCAGGAGGAGACACUUACAUGCAUGAAGGAUUUCAAAGGGCCAGUGAGCAGAUUUACUAUGAAAACAGUCAAGGAUACAGGACAGCCAGUGUCAUCAUUGCUCUGACUGAUGGAGAACUCCAUGAAGAUCUCUUUUUCUAUUCAGAGAGAGAGGCUAACAGAUCCCGAGAUCUUGGUGCAAUUGUUUACUGUGUUGGCGUGAAGGAUUUCAAUGAAACACAGCUGGCCCGGAUCGCAGACAGUAAGGAUCAUGUGUUUCCUGUAAAUGACGGCUUUCAGGCUUUGCAAGGCAUCAUCCACUCAAUUUUGAAGAAGUCCUGCAUCGAAAUUCUAGCAGCUGAACCAUCCACCAUAUGUGCAGGAGAAUCGUUUCAAGUAGUCGUGAGAGGAAACGGCUUCCGACAUGCCCGCAACGUGGACAGGGUCCUCUGCAGCUUCAAGAUCAACGAGUCAGUCACGCUCAAUGAGAAGCCCUUUGCUGUGGAAGAUACUUAUUUGCUGUGUCCAGCGCCUAUCUUAAAAGAAGUUGGCAUGAAAGCCGCACUCCAGGUCAGCAUGAACGAUGGCCUGUCUUUCAUCUCCAGUUCUGUCAUCAUCACCACCACACACUGUUCUGAUGGCUCCAUCCUGGCAAUCGCCCUGCUGAUCCUGUUCUUGCUCCUGGCCCUGGCUCUGCUCUGGUGGUUCUGGCCCCUCUGCUGCACCGUGAUUAUCAAGGAAGUCCCUCCACCCCCUGCUGAGGAAAGUGAGGAAGAAGAUGAUGAUGGUCUGCCUAAGAAAAAGUGGCCUACAGUAGAUGCCUCUUAUUAUGGUGGGCGAGGUGUUGGAGGCAUUAAAAGGAUGGAGGUUCGUUGGGGAGAAAAGGGCUCCACAGAAGAAGGUGCUAAGUUGGAAAAGGCAAAGAACGCAAGAGUCAAGAUGCCAGAACAAGAGUAUGAGUUCCCUGAACCUCGAAAUCUCAACAACAACAUGCGGCGGCCCUCUUCACCCCGGAAGUGGUACUCUCCGAUCAAGGGAAAACUUGAUGCCUUGUGGGUCCUACUAAGGAAAGGAUAUGAUCGCGUGUCUGUGAUGCGUCCACAGCCAGGAGACACGGGGCGCUGUAUCAACUUCACCAGAGUCAAGAACAAUCCACCUGCCAAGUACCCCCUCAACAACGCCUACCACACCACCUCGCCGCCUCCUGCCCCCAUCUACACCCCCCCCCCCCCUGCUCCCCAUUGCCCUCCCCCACCCCCCAGUGCUCCUACCCCUCCAAUUCCCUCCCCACCUUCCAUCCUUCCCCCUCCUCCCCAGGCCCCACCUCCCAACAGGGCCCCACCCCCCUCCCGACCUCCUCCUAGGCUCUGUCUAGAACCCAAAGUUCAUGCUCUGGGCUCUCAGAAACUUUGGGGAGGAGGCUCCUCUGUGGUGUUAGAACAAGUCUUUCCAGUUAGAGGAGGCUUCCACUUUGGAAAUGAGUGGUGGUAAAGCCCACUGACAUUCACAAACUUUAAAAAUUGGUUUGUAAUGCCAAUGCACCGACAAUUGUGAUCAGCAGAAAGAAAAAGAAAUUUUGAAAUGCCUGAAAACAAAUAAUGAGGCAACUACAGUCACAAUUAUAGUCAGCCAGCCAUCACCUCUAGAAGGUUCCAGAGACAGUGAAACUGCUGAGAUGCUCUAAAUGGGAUUGUGUCUCAUGGAGACCAAUAAGACUCUGAGGGUGAAAAGCAGAGUCGGAUGGAUAAGAAAUAACAUUGCUGGGUUUCUAAAUGCUGCCUUCCCUCCUCCACUCCACUCCUAUCACUUGACCCUGGACCUUUGGCCUAGGAAUCAAGGAAUCCUCACCGCUGUGUGCCACCAAGGAGGGGGGAAAUCCUUUGCCUGCAACUUUGGGAAAAGCUUGAGGUCCCCAUUGUGGCAAGAAACUCAACAUCAGACAGGUAUCCAAAAGCAUGUUCUCCUGAGAUUUGCAGAGGAGUGAAAACAUAGCCUUAUUUUCUUCCAAAUUCUCCCAGUUUCCAAGUGAGGAAGAGAGCAGGUGUUUACUGAUGGAAAAAGGUAUGUUGCCAUGUUGCUGUGUAAGUGAAAUCAGGUGUGUGCAUUGACGGGGCGUACUGAUGGGAGCAUCAGACAGUUUCUAAACCCCACAGGCCAUCAGCAGCUAGAGGUGGCUGGCUUUGGCCCAACAUGUUCCCCUAAAUCAAUGGACAAUGGCAUUGUCGAAGAUCAACCUGUUAAUGAUUCACGAUCAAAAUCAAGAUUUGGCUUCGGUUUAAAUCACUUGAGAUAUGAAGAAGUGAUUGAUCCCAUUUUCCAGAGACAAACAUGAGUUGAUCUUCCCAAAAUGGCAUCACUAGCACCUAUCACACAAUUUCACUGAUUUUGUUUUUCUUUUUUGGUAAAAUUGUGCACCAGAGACUUCUAGGCAGAGCAGAGAGACAAUGGUCCUGACAUAAUAAGGAAACUAUGCCCAGGUUCUUUGAUUAACCCUCAAAAAAGGCUUGUGUGUGUGAAUACAAAUAUAUUUCUCCUUGGCUUUUCAACAUACUCACAAAUAUUAUCAGCUCUCGACCCAGGGGAAAUAUGCCAGAAAUGCUCUGCCUGAAAUUCCCAACAGGCCUGAGACCCACUCCAUUCCUCCAAGUCUUUCUGAUUCUGUUGUCAUCAGUAAGCCCUAUAAUCACUUAUUAAACAUUGGGCUUCAUCACCCAGAGCUGAAAACAGAGGCCAUUGUUGAGGGCCUCCUGCACCAGCCUGUUCAAAAUUAUCUCCCCCUCCAGCUUUCCACAGGUCUUAAAAUUCCUCUCCCAAAUGCCUUAAAUCCUUUCUGGACCAAAGCAGAAUAUAAAAUAGAUAUAAACUUAAUGUUUUGGGCUAAGGUCUCCAAAGAUCCUUCAAGAACCCAUCAAGCCAGCCUCAUUCUUUCGCCUUCCUUAGAACAGAGACAUAAUGACCUGGCAUGCAUUCCAUAAACACCAAUUCUUUUAGCCAUGGCAGACAUUGCUAAUCAAUCACAGUACUAUUUCCUGUGGAGCCCAGUGAUUUCUUCACAGUUCUCAAAUUACAAUUCCAAAGAGCCACCACUCCUCAGUCAGAAUUCAGAGAGAUGAACCCCAUAUGCCAUCCCUAUUUUAGAAAGCAAAAACAAACAGGGAUUGCAUGGGGGGGAUGGGGAAACCCUUGGGCAUAAAAGGUACAGUCAGGGGAAAAUAGAUCUAGGCAGAGUGCCUUAGUGGGGCACCACAGGCACUAAAUCUGCAAUGCCAAUGGCAAACUGACAUUUCUCCAAGUGUACCUCAGACCCAGCCCUUCUCCCAGCCUGCCACUUCCAGAGAAUCUCCCAGCCUUUUCAUCGAGCUAAAAUCAGAGAUGGUUUCCAGGACUUAUGAAAGCAUACUCCCUCCCCCACCCCCAAACCUGGCCCAUAUUCUCUAUUUUUAGAACAGUAGCCUUCUUCUUUAGCAUAGUCCCUCAUGAAGCAGGGGCCAGAAUGUCUCAGCCACCUGCGGUGACAUUGCUGGACUCCGGAAAACCAUUCCAUAUGAGAAUGGGUUCCCCAGGCUCACAGCGUAGAGACGUUGAGCCCAUGGCGGCUGUUUUGACUGCUGGCAGUACAAAACAGUCCACCCCACACCACUGCCGCAUGACUCACUGCGGCCUAAAGAAAGUUCAAGCCAAGAUGCUGACUGACAUUGUUGUGCAGCAAGAUGGCAGGCAUCAGGUGAGAAUGCAACAUUCAGGAUCUCAACAGCACAUCAAUCAGAAGCCCCGUGCAGUUUCCAAGGUGUUGUUUUGGCAAACUUUUUUUGAUGAAAUAGGGAACUGCAAAUAUAUGAUGAUUUUGAAGAGGAUUAGCAGGGUUUGUCCUUAAAACUGACUGAUCAUGUCAUCCCUAGUCAUUUAGAAUUACAGUUGAGAAGGAAAAACUUCUAUACUGUAUGAACAAGGCAAUGUUUAAUUGUAGGCUAUUGCAGGCAGGAACAUUCUUUAACUGGUUUAUAAAAUCUAUCAGUACUUGUAUCAUUCCCUGUAAAAGGCAGCAGAUGUGAUUGUGAUCAGGAAACUGCACAAAAUUUUUUUUUCAACCCCCAUGUUAUUAUUCUCAUGAGGUUUUUUUUUUUUAAUAAAAGCCAACUUUUCGUUGUAUAUAUUCGUAUUCCAUGUGUUAGAUGGAAGCAUUUCCUAUCCAGUGUGAAUAAAAAGAACGGUUGUAGUAAAUUAUUAUAAAGCCAAUGAUAUUUCAUGGCAGGUUAUUCUACCAAGCUGUGCUUGUUGGUUUUUCCCAUGACUGUAUUGCUUUUAUAAAUGUACAAAUAGUUACAGAAAUGACGAGACCCUUGUUUGCACAGCAUUAAUAAGAACUUUGAGGGGUCCCCUCUAUUGACGACCAGCUCACGAUGUUUCUGGCCCGGAGCUUGGCACAUACUCCAGUGAGACACACGGUCUCUCUUUUACCAAGGUGAAGGACAGAGCUGGUGGACAACUUUAUUAAUAGUCUUGGAUAUCUGGCCAUGGGUAACUUCAAUGUAAAUAUCAAUAGAAUGGGCAGAGAUGAUCUCGAAGUGUCAUAUCACACAAAAGUCCAAACACUGUGUCAGAUGAGGGAAAUCCAUCAACGAACUAGAAAAAAAAAGCAAUAAUUAUGAGAUAAUGAGCAACAGUUUCAGCCCAGUGCCAACUCAAUAAAAACAAUUAAUGCUGUGUAAAAUGGGUUGAAUUAGUUUGCAGACUACAUAAAGACACAUGCAGUAAGAAGCCUGUUAAUGCACACCAGAUGGGAAUGGGGUGUUCUAGUCAAUUGCCUUUUCUAGUUAUCUGAGCUCUACUAUAUUAUCACACUUGGAUAACCAGUUUAAAAGAAUUAGAAUAUGAUUCUUUAAAUACACUUAACAUUAAACUUUUCUUCUAAUUCUUUUUUCUUUCUGUGAUAAUUCAGAAGACAAUUAUGGAUCUUCAGUGCCUCUGAGUCAUUGUUAUAAAAAAUCAGUUAUCGCUGUACCCUGCUAUAGGAGGGCUAAACGCGUACAAUGGCAAACCCUGGAAGUCGCUUUUUUUAAAAAAAUAAUAAAUUCCUAAAAUCAA